UAUUUCAAAUUUCAAAACAAAAAUAAUCAAACAUGCAAAUAUAACCUAAGUCCUAAACUUACGAUGAAGAUAUUGAUUAAGUUUAUAAGAACUAUUUCGAUUUUUUGAGAAAAUCAUGUGAGAAUUUACUUGAGAUUUUAUGGUUAUAUGAAGAUAAGUCUUAUUUAUAGUUUUAAUUGAAAACUUAUUUUAAAAUGUCGCACCAAUUAGGUCGUUUAGUUUCUCAAAUUCUCCAGAGAUAUUUUGGUGAAAUAGUCGAAAAGGUCGGUAGUGACCUUUUUAGAUAUGGUUGCAAAUCAAUUGGAAUGAUUGUAAAGUCUACGGGACUUCCUAGAUUAAAGGUCGUGGAAAGUUUAAGGACUCUGCUCAAAUUUGAUUUAGCUACCUUUGAAGCAUCUGGAGCGUUUGUGGACUAUAAAUUAUUGCCCGAUAAUGUUUUACUGCUAAUAAGAUAUCCAAGGUACCUUCUUCAGAUGAAAACAAAAUAUGGAAAAGAGGCAGAGAUUAUUGUAGAGGAAUUAUUGCAACAAGCGAUCUGCACUGCUACUGUACUUCUAGUGACUUUAGCCAAUAAACAAAAAGAUGAAACGGAAAAAAAUCUUACGCUUGUAAAACUAAAGGACACAUUCAUAAGCCUAGCGACCGCGGGAUAUAUCCAACAAGCUCCCGUACCAGAACUAAAGGAGGGGAGCGAUGUACCCACAUUGGUGCCUGUGGUGACUAUUGUACCAGAUUUGGAUGUUAGGGUACUUAUGCAAGCAAUGAAUAACCCAGAAGAGAUUAGUGAUAAAAUAUAUUGGAAAGUGAACUAUGAUAGAUUUCACCAAGACUUCCGGGAUGAAAUCAUGAUAAAAGCAAUGACUCGACGCAUUGACGAGAAUGCGGGCGAAGUGAUGCGUCUGCUCCUCCAAGAGAUGUACCUGUCAUCACCAGCUUGGGCGGAGGAAUCCAAUCCUGUAGCGCUGGGAGUGUUGAAGGAACAUGCCAGACGACUUGCUGAUAAGCCGCUUUUGGUACAACACUUGGAGCACUAUCUUAAGGUUAUGGAGGAAAAUGGCGCGGGAUUUAUCCGUGUCACCGGAGAUGCAGGUGGGGGCCAGUACUGCGUGCAAGCAAAGCGCGCCGCCGCACUGCUGGUCGAGAAUGUUCUAGACCACGUGGUCACUGAGCGGCUGGGCUCCAAGGCUGCUAGGAUAUUUAGGUUAAUUCGUACCAAGAAAUACAUAGAAGAGGAAGAUAUACAAAAGAAUGCAAUGUUACCAAACAAGGAGUGUAAACAGCUUACAUAUAAACUACUCGAAGAGCAUUUUAUUAGUGUACAGCCAAUGAGAAAGUCUCAACAUGUUUCAGGACUUCAGAAGGGUAUAUAUUUGUAUCAUGUGAAAUUUUUUGAGGUAGUGCAACUGUGCCGCGCGCUAUGCGAGGCGAGCCUGCACAACGUGAGCGCGUGGCGGAGCGGCGCGGUGCGGCGCCACGCGCGCGCGCUCGACAAGCAGCGCCGCGUGCGCACCAUAGUGCACGGCAUGGCGCUGCGCAACGAGCCGCAGGCCAACAUCGACGACGUACUGGAAACGCUUACACCCCCCGAAGUGGCGCUACUACAGCAAGUCGAGAAGCAACUCAAGCAACUCAGUGCUGCAGAACUAGAGUUAGAUAGGAAUUUAUUUAUAUUGAAUUGGUAUUUGAUGUACUCAUAACGAUGCAGUUUGAAGAAAAGAGAGGAAUAUUAAGUUUUAUGCUGAGUCGAUAUUUGAUAUAUCGAGUCAAUUUGGGCACAGCAAUGUUAUUUGAUGAAUAUCUAUAACUUUUAUACUGUGUACUUUUAAAGUAAUGUCCCUAAAUCGGAAAAAUGAAAACUUUCUGUGUAUAUUAAUAAAAUUGUCUUUAUUGUCAUUUAAAAUGAUGAAUAAAACAUCUGUUAAUAUUCGUAGAA